GCAGCCCCCCAGGCCAUGAGCUUCCCUGCCUCCAGGAUUUUCUUCAGAUGUGAUCUCUUCCCAGAAGAAUUUUCCAUCGUUGUAACCUUGAAAGUUCCCAACCUUCCACCCAAGGUAAGUGAAUAUAUUUUAACGGUGCUGGCGGAGGAGAGCAACGCGCUGCUGCUCGGCCUGCGCUACUCGCCCGCCCAGCUGCACUUCCUGUUCCUCAGCGAGGACGCUACCGGCGCUUGGCAAACCCGCGUGUCCUUCCGCAGUUCCGCCCUGGUGGACAGCCAGUGGCACACGGUGGUCCUGGCUGUGUCAGAAGACUCCUUUUCCCUCACCACGGACUGUGGCCUCCCGGUGGACAUAAUGGCUGAUGUGCCCUUCCCGGCUACCCUGUCAGUGGGAGCAGCUCGGUUCUUCAUUGGUAGCCGGAAGAGAACCAAAGGCCUAUUCACGGGCCUGGUGAGGCAGCUGGUGCUACUGCCCGGCUCAGAUGCCACGCUGUGGCUGUGUCCUAGCAGGAACCCCCAGCUGGCCGUGCUGUCCAUCCCGCGGGUACUGCAGGCCCUCUCGGGGAAGCUGGAGGAUAACGAAGUGCUGCAGUAUCCCUAUGAAACUGACAUGAGAGUGACACUGGGAUCCCAGCCGCCGUGUACCAAGGUGGAAGAUGCCCAGUUCUGGUUUGAUGCCAGCAGAAAGGGGCUGUACCUGUGCGUUGGCAGCGAAUGGGUCUCCGUGUUAGCUGCCCGAGAGAGGCUCGAUUACGUGCAGCAGCACCAGGACCUGCUCACCAGCUCUGAGACUCUGGGCAUCGAGCUAUUCCGCAUCCCUGGGGCAGGGCUCUUCCUCGCCACUGCCAAUCGGAGAGCCACCUCUGCCAUCUACAAGUGGACUGAGGGCGAGUUCGCCUCCUACCAGAGCCUCCCCACACAUCAGGCGCAGUCCUGGAGGCACUUCACCAUCGGGAAAAGGAUCUUUCUGGCUGUGGCUAAUUUUGAACCAAAUGAAAAGGGCCAGGAGUUCUCUGUCAUAUACAAGUGGAGCCACAGAAAGCUGAAAUUCACCCCAUACCAGAGGAUCACUACUCACAGUGCUCGGGACUGGGAGGCCUUCGAGGUGGCUGGGGAGCACUUCCUGGCAGUGGCCAACCACCGGGAAGGUGACAACCACAACAUUGAUAGCGUCAUCUACAAGUGGAACCCGGCCACCCGCCUCUUCGAAGCCAACCAGACCAUCGCCACUUCUGGUGCCUACGACUGGGAGUUCUUCACUGUGGGGCCCUACUCGUUCCUGGCGGUGGCCAACACCUUCAACGGCACGUCCACGCGGGUGCAGUCCUGCCUGUAUGUCUGGCUGCUGGGCUCCUUCCAGCUCUUCCAGUCAUUCCCGACGCUGGGCGCUGCAGACUGGGAGGUCUUCCACAUUGGGGAGCGGAUCUUCCUUGCUGUUGCCAACAGCCACAGCUAUGACGCGGCGGUGCAAGUGCAGAGCGACUCCUACGUCCUCAACUCCGUCAUCUAUGAGCUGAACGUGACCGCACAGACCUUUGUCAAGUUCCAGGACAUCCCCACCUGCAGUGCUCUGGACUGGGAGUUUUUCUCAGUGGGAGAAGAUUAUUUCCUGGUGGUUGCGAACUCCUUUGAUGGAAAUACCUUCUUGGUGAACAGUAUUAUUUACAGGUGGCAGGGCUACGAGGGCUUCGUGGCAGUGCACAGCCUGCCCACCUUCGGCUGCCGGGACUGGGAGGCCUUCAACACCUCGGCCGGCGCCUACCUCAUCUACUCCAGCGCCAAGGAGCCCCUCUCCAGGGUGCUGCGGCUGAGGACGCGCUGAGGGUCUGGGCAGCAGGGGGUGCCCCCGGGCCACUGUGGUCCCUGUUCCCAGGCGCAGUUUACUUGCCCUGGGCAGGUGGCUGUGCCAUGCCGCAGGCGGUGGCUCUGCCUUCCUCCAGCCAACCGGGU